AUCAGGCGUCAGAUGCCUUCCUCCACCUGUAAUGCAGAGGGUUGCAGAUAUCAUAAAGGCUAUUCAGCUGCAAAGAAUAAUGAAAAGCACUCUUCGUGUCCGUCAAGCAUUGAAUUUUCAGAUGAAGUGAUUUUUUGUGGAAUUGUGAAAACAGGAGCUUCAGACAAUAACCAAAGAAAAUCUGCAUGUCCUUCAAGAAACAUCUCACAUCUUGCUAUGAUUGAUCUCACUGCUGAUCAACCUGAAGUUGAAUAUUUAUCACCAUUAACACUUGCAGCCAUUGGAUCUGCGGGUGAAUCGACUUUUCAUCAUAAGGGUCGGAUCAAGUCUAUAUUCCUAAUUCCUCCUCUUCCGGAGAUUUCCAUUCCAUCAAAUCUUCCAUCCAUAGCUGCCAUGAGUAAUUUACCUCAGAAGAUGCAAAUCAGGAUUGCUAAAAUUAAAAACCCUGACGCCAUUGGAGUUCUGUGGGACAUAACAAAGGUUGAUCAAAAUGCAGCCCCCAUGCACAGCUACCACUUGUACAUCCUGUACGAAGACUGCAAUGGCAACAUUUCACCAUGGAAGAACAUCGCGUCAGUAAAGGCGUUGCCUCUUCCAGCUGCCUGCCAAUUCACAGGUUACAGAUCAGCCAAAAGGAUUUGUUUUUCCAUAAUUGGAAGAGAUGUUUAUGGCCGCUUUGGCCCUUAUAGUGAUGUUCAGUCAAUUAUAUUUAAAAGAAAUUACCAAUAGAUCUUUUUCUAAAAUAAAAUAUUAAUCCAUG